GGACUGUCACUGCUCUUGAACAAGGAAUCAUAUUACUGCAAGAACUUUGCUGAAACAAAGAAGAUAUAUUGGACAAAUGGGAAAUUAUAAAUCUAGACCAACCCAAACUUGCACUGAUGAAUGGAAGAAGAAAGUUAGUGAAUCGUAUGCUAUAAUCAUAGAACGAUUAGAAGAUGACCUGCAAAUCAAAGAGAAGGAGCUGACAGAACUGAAGCAUGUUUUUAGCUCUGAUGAAGCCUUCUGCAAAGUCAAUUUAAAUUACCGCACAGAAAAUGGGCUCUCUCUUCUUCAUUUAUGUUGCAUAUGUGGGGGUAAUAAAUCACAUAUUCGGACUCUUAUGCUAAAAGGACUGCGCCCAUCCAGAUUAACAAGAAAUGGAUUUACAGCUCUCCACUUGGCAGUUUAUAAGGACAAUGCAGAACUGCUAACAGCGCUGCUGCAUGGUGGAGCUGACAUUCAGCAAGUCGGGUACGGAGCUUUGACAGCCCUUCACAUUGCCACAAUCGCUGGUCACCAUAAGGCUGUUGAUAUUCUUCUGCAGCAUGGAGCUUAUGUCAAUGUUCAGGAUGCAGUUUUUUUCACCCCAUUGCAUAUUGCUGCAUAUUAUGGCCACGAACAGGUAACCCACCUCUUACUAAAGUUCGGAGCUGAUGUGAAUGCAAGUGGUGAAGUUGGAGACAGGCCUCUCCAUUUGGCUUCUGCCAAAGGCUUUCUCAACAUUACAAAGCUCUUGAUGGAAGAGGGAAGCAAAGCUGAUGUCAAUGCUCAGGACAACGAAGACCACGUUCCUCUGCACUUCUGCUGCCGAUUUGGACACCAUGAAAUUGUAAAGUUCUUGCUGCAGAGCAGCUUCGAAGUUCAGCCCCACGUGGUGAAUAUCUACGGAGACACACCUUUACACCUCGCGUGUUACAAUGGAAAGCUUGAAGUUGUCAAGGAAAUAAUUCAGCUCUCGGGAACGGAAAGUCUCACUAAAGAAAAUAUAUUCAGUGAAACCGCUUUCCACAGUGCUUGCACCUAUGGAAAGAACAUAGAACUUGUAAAAUUUCUUCUUGACCAGAAUGUUGUAAGCAUCAAUCACCAGGGAAGGGAUGGACAUACAGGAUUACACUGUGCUUGCUACCACGGUCAUAUUCGACUUGUACAGUUUCUACUGGAUAACGGAGCUGAUAUGAAUCUGGUAGCUUGUGAUCCCAGCAGGUCCAGUGGAGAAAAGGAUGAGCAGACCUGUUUGAUGUGGGCUUAUGAGAAAGGUCACGAUGCCAUUGUGACCCUUCUGAAGCAUUAUAAGAGACCUCAAGAUGAAUCACCCUGUAACGAAUACUCACAACCUGGAGGAGAUGGUUCCUACGUGUCUGUUCCGUCCCCUCUAGGAAAGAUUAAAAGCAUGACUAAAGAAAAGGCAGAUGUCCUUCUCCUCCGUGCUGGUUUGCCAUCACAUUUCCAUCUUCAGCUCUCUGAGAUAGAGUUCCAUGAGAUUAUCGGCUCAGGGUCUUUUGGAAAAGUAUAUAAGGGACGAUGCAGAAAUAAAAUUGUCGCAAUCAAACGCUAUCGUGCCAAUACCUACUGCUCCAAAUCUGACGUGGACAUGUUCUGCCGCGAAGUUUCCAUUCUCUGCCGACUGAAUCAUCCGUGUGUCAUCCAGUUUGUGGGAGCUUGCUUAGAUGACCCCAGUCAGUUUGCGAUAGUCACUCAGUAUAUUUCUGGAGGCUCACUCUUCUCCCUGCUUCAUGAACAGAAGAGAACUCUUGACCUGCAGUCUAAAUUAAUCAUUGCUGUAGAUGUUGCCAAAGGCAUGGAGUACCUCCACAAUCUCACACAACCGAUCAUACAUCGUGAUUUGAACAGUCACAACAUUCUCCUGUACGAGGAUGGCCAUGCAGUUGUUGCUGAUUUCGGAGAAUCUAGAUUUUUGCAGUCUCUGGAUGAAGACAACAUGACAAAACAACCUGGGAACCUGCGCUGGAUGGCCCCUGAGGUGUUCACCCAGUGCACGAGAUACACCAUAAAAGCCGACGUUUUCAGCUAUGCUUUGUGCCUCUGGGAGCUCUUAACAGGUGAAAUUCCAUUUGCUCACCUGAAACCAGCGGCGGCGGCGGCGGACAUGGCCUACCACCACGUGCGCCCACCCAUCGGGUACUCCAUCCCCAAGCCCAUCUCCGCCCUGCUGAUGAGGGGCUGGAACGCCUGUCCCGAGGGGAGACCGGAGUUUUCAGAAGUAGUCGCCAAGUUAGAAGAAUGCCUGUGCAAUAUUGAGUUAAUGUCUCCGGCCUCCAGCAACAGCAGCGGUUCUCUGUCUCCCUCCUCAUCGUCGGACUGUCUGGUGGCACGAGGAGGUCCUGGCCGCAGUCACGUUGCGGCGCUGCGCAGCCGGUUUGAGUUGGAAUAUGCCUUGAAUGCACGAGCUUACGCCGUCUGGUCCCAGAGCACUGGGCAACACCCUCCUCAGGGUCUGUCUUUGGAUGACAUGAGGAGGAACUUCCAGUACCCACCCAUCGACAAAAACGGCUACGUGUCGGACCCCAUGAGCACCAUGAGGUUUCACUCCUGCGGCAGCAGCGGCAGCUUUGAAGAGAGCGGCUGAUGGCCCGGGCCCUCCGCCUGCGGGGACUCGCCACCGACCCGCAGCCACAGGUCUCACCCCGUCAGCCCAGCUCCCAGCACCAGCGAGGGUCCCUACCCCCGACGGCUUUAUGUGUUGGUGACAACCGUCCCUGGCACAAGCUCUGCGCGAGCGUCUUUCCCUGCUGACCUGCUUGAGGGGCUGGGCUUGGUGGCGUGCGUCUAUUCCUCAACAAAGCGAGCGGCCCCAAGGAAUGCCGCACUCUCAGCUUCAGCAUUAAUAACCUCAGAGAUGGAAGGUAAAACGCAGCUGUUACAGUUCCCACGCUCCAAGGCGAGCUGCUGGUACCUUGGCUGCACUAAGGCCUGGGCUACCAGCCCCUCCCUGCCAGGGAGCCGCCAGCCCCGGCCCCAUGGAGCGGAGGAGCAGCCUGUCGCUCCCCGCCACCAUCCAGGCCCCUGUGGAGGGGAAGCUGUUCCUGCUCCCAGCUUCUGAACCAGCUCUACCUUCUUCCCCGCGUUCUCUGAAGCCCCAGCCACGUCCCGCGUCCCGUGUUCUGCCCCACGGCUCGCGCAGCUCCCAGGACAGCCCAUGGCUGCGGCUCGUCAGAGCCCUGGUCUUUGGAUGCUUUCCUGCUCCCUGAGAAUAAAGAGAUAUUUGGGUGCCCGUCUCAGUUGUACUCUUCCCAACAUUUGUGUUUUCUUAUCCACUUCCUUGUGUUGGUUUGAGUGAUGGUUUUUCCCAAAGAGUAUAAGCUUUCCUUCGGACAUUUGCUUACGAAAAGCAACACAAGUGCUCCAAAACAUACUUUAAACCAGAAGGAAAAUAUGCAGAAUUGUGUCAUGAAUAUGACAAUCUUAACAUAUCUGAAAAAUCAGUUCCAGCAUUAAGUUUCCUUUUCAACAGGAAUUUUUUCUUACAAAUACCUCUGCACUAUCUCCUUUUAAAGAUCGCUUAAAUCAUGCGAUGACUCUGUUAACACAGCAGCUGUACCCGAAAACCAGACACUGAACUGGAUUAGAGAGGAGAAAACGGAGCGGGGAAAGCAGACGCCAUUUGCACCGACACCUCUGUGUGCGCGCCUGUGCCCGAGCUGCCUGGUGCGAUCCCCCAGCACUGCCCUGGGGAGUGUCAAGCGGACAGGCGGAAACAACCAAAAAAAAAAUAUCAGAAAGCUUUUGAAGGCAAAACUUUUAUAGUUUAUAGAGCUCUUUACAAGGCCAACUGCUUGCAAAUAAUUUUAUUAGUAAUUAAAAUUACUGUGUCCUUCAAGAAAACAGUCUCUUAGUAAAUUGAUCCCUAUAGAAGAAACAUUUGGCUUAGGGGGAAAGUGUGUUUCAUAGGAGUGAUCAGUUAUUAAUACAAAUGAAAACUCUGAAAAAUGUAAAUUAUUGAAUAGAACAUGCUCCAAGGUUGUUUGUGGGAAUGAACCUCGUUUGUGCCGUUCCCAGAGAAGCCCAGGCAGCCCAGCACACUGAAAUACUGAUACAGAAUAAGAUGCUCCAAGGAUUCUUACCCUGAUUUUAAGACCAGCCAGUGCCUGGUGGCUGUGGCAAUAUUCCAAAUUGUGUGACAUGUCAGUAACAGAUGAUCUAGAUUAAGAUAAACUGGUGUCCAACCAAACAGGCGCUUGCACCACAACCAGGAGCGAGCCCGGCGUCCGCGAGUCUGGCUGCGGGCAGGGCUGUGCCCGCAGGGACGCGGCCCAGGGUAGCCCAGGGGCUGGAGAUUUCCUGCGGGGUGGCCCCGGUGGCUGCAGCGAGCCCCCGGCACGGCCACCGGGCAGGCUGGGCUGGCACAGCCCCCCAGGCAGGCGGGGGAGUGGGUCCCACCCCAUUUGUACGGCUGAGCCCCCCAAACACCGCAGGAAACCCCCAGCCUGAGAACGCCCAUUCAGCAGCAGCGCCCGGGGUGUCCCCCCGCAGAGGGCCCAGGGGUGGCUGAGGGCUACCACCGCGCCCCGGCUCCCCCCGCCUCAGCCUGGGCCCCCGCGCCAGGCGCUGGGCCGCCAACGGGCCGUCCCACACUGCGCCCACCUGGCGUCCUUCCCCCUGCCCGAACGCCGCUGUCGAGCCCCUGUAACCUCAGAGGGUGCGAGUUCAGCCGCGCGAGCCGGCAGCGGCACACCCGCGGCACAACCAUCAGCAUCCAGCGAGGAGCUGCUGAGGGAACCUGACAGGCUGGGGAGGGGGAAAAGGCCUUUGUGAUGAGCCAAAAAUUAGUUUUGCCAGUGGCAACACUCUUAGAUAGUUGCUUUUCUCACAUAUGUUCAGUUUAAUAAUUAGACUCUUUUUUCGGUGCACAUCUUGUUUUUCCCUAAAUGCCACCAACUUUUUUUUCACUUUGAAGCCAAUUACUAACUAGCAAUGGAUAGGAGAGCGGAAAUUACCAUGGGUAGCAUUUCCAAAACCUUACAUUAUCCCUUUUUGUGGUUUUCCUUCUUACCAAAAUUCCACCUGCUCAGACUGCAGGCAUACCCAUGUUUGAAAGGGCAGGAAUGGUACAUCUUGAACAGCCCGCCCCCCCCGCCCAUCCCCGCAACAGCAGCUGGGGGGGGGUAGGAAAAAAAAAAAAAAAAAAAGUGGAGUCAAACAGUUCUCUGAAGCUGAAAUUGCCAAAUUCAGCUUAAUUCCGUAUCUGGUUCAAGUCCUCUCACCACUUUAGACAUCAGCUGGGGGGAGGCUGGGCUGGAUGACCUCCAGAGGUCCCUUCCACCCCCUGCCCUUCUGUGGCUCUGGGAAGGCCGCAGCCACACGUACCCCUCGCGUGCCACGAGUAUCUAUCAGUGUAUAAACCCAGCGCAUUUGCAGCGUGGGGUUUUUUAGAGCAAAACAAGACCUUGUACGAGUUGGCAUGUUCCUCACCAAAGGAUUCAUUUCCCUGCUUGUUAAAAUCAUAGGCACAAGUGCCAUUUAUAAAUAUUUUAACUAUUUUAAAUAAUGAAUCGCCAGCUUUCCAGUCCCUUACGAUCACCACCGCAUUGUGCCUCUGGGACAGCCCUGGUGCCCCAGGUCCUCCGCAGCCCGAGCGCGCCCCGGGAGCUCAGCUGCCUCUCGCGUACCAGCCCCUGCCUCCUUUUCUAGAAGGCUGACGUGCAGAUACUCAAGUCGUCUUCUGCUGCCGCAAACACACACUGCCACGAAAUCACCUUCCGCAUGCUCUGAAUGCCAGAUUUCACUCAGGGAAGCUUCUACCCACACGGGAAGGACCCUCCCUCCACACUGCCAGAGAGCCAGUGUGGUUCGUGACCUGCCCAAGCACAGCCUUGUUUUAAUCCUGGCCCUGCCAGGGAAUCCCUGCCCGGCAAAUCCCUGCCCCCCUCCCUCGGCCUUUGUUCACCUGUAGCACUUGAAUUGCCACCCGUGUGCCCGGACGGGCCUUUGUA